CGGCGGCAUAUUGAAGACUUGCGGGAAUCCGGAAAAUUGGAGACCUGUGAUCGACGAGACCCGAAACGGAGAUGCAGAAGAUGCUGUGUUGAAAUACCCUCAGUAGAAACAGCUACCUAUGACCUUAUCCAUAUAUAUUCUAUUCCUAACAAAGACAACCUUACCAUUAUUCCCAAAUCCAAAUACCUAGUACUUGGAAAGGGAGAGUACACGUACAUAGAUGAAGAUUGUCGCAGCAUCACCGAAGACGUACACAUCUGCAAGCAGUUGUUACUGAAAUCCUUACAAGAUGCUGGAGAUUGUAUCACAGCAACAAUAGAACAUAAAAUCAACCACGAAUCUUGUCCAUAUGCAAAAAUGAUGAUAAAAAAGGGAAAGUUACAAAAUAUUAGUCCUAGUAGCUGGCUUCUUAUCACCAACACUCAAGAGGUCC